CUAGCUUAUACUAUCAUUUUAAGUACACUUUACAGCAUAAUAUUUAUAAUGUCUGCCGUUGGCAAUUCUUUAGUUGUAGUUUGCUAUAUAUUGGAUAAAAGGCGACGUAUGAGAAUCCCGAUGAAUAUCCUAAUUGUAAACUUGGCAAUUUGUGAUUUAUGUGUUACACUAAUUACCAUGCCAGUUAAUUUUAGUCGUAAUAUAACCAAGAGAAAUUGGGUUUUUGGACGUAUAGCAUGCCACAUCUUUCAUGGCUUACCAAAUGCUUUUGUAGCUGCAUCGGGCUUUACAGCUAUGAUUAUCGCCAUUGAACGCUAUCGUUAUAUUUGUCAUCCACAUAAACGUAAGAUUACUGCCCGUACCACUUUUUGGAUUAUCGGUGUAAUAUGGAUUGCAGCUAUAUUAACUGCAUUACCAAUUAUUGCCAGCGUGAACUACUACGUAUUAAAUGGUGUCCAAGUAUGUGUGCAUGUCUUCCAUGCGAAUCGAUCCUUACGGGCUAUAUUGGAUCAAGUCUACAUCAUUUCGUUAACUGUGCUGAUUUUUAUUCUACCGCUAUGUACUACCAGUAUAUUAUAUUGGCGUGUUGGUGUCUUCUUAAAAGAUCGCCAGGGCCGCCAAGCAAGUCAAAAUCGUCAAACAUUCAAUCGAAUUAAUAAGAAAGUAUUUAAAAUGUUAGUUAUUAUUGUCGGUUUGAUGUUCAUCUGUUGGAUUCCUCUUUAUACAUGUUUCUUGUUAAUUACCUUUGCGCCAAGGAUAAUUUCACAAAAUAUUAAUACAUUUCGAAUUGUUUAUUCCUUUGCUCACGUUGUAAGUUACGUUAAUGGUGCUAUUAAUCCUAUUAUUUAUGCUCGAUCUCAUCAGUCAUUUCGU